AUGGAAGAGGAAGAUGGUGAUGGUAGAGGAAAAGAAACGGGGAGGCUGGUGAUGGUUAUGGUGAUGGAAAGACACGAAGAAGGGGAGGGAAGGGGAUGGCAGGAGGUUGAGGUGAUGUGGUCUGCUGCUGUGAUGGAAGGCAGAAGCUGCAUUGACUACGAGCAGUUCGUGGUCGCCUCUUUCCAGGAGAGCUUAUCGGGACCAACCCUGAAUUGGUUUAUGUCCAUCCGGGCCGAGGACAUCCCCUCUUGGGCCGAACUAUCCAAGAGAUUCGUUGAGCAGCACAACUACAACAUGGAGACACCUUCGUCCUUCCUCAAGUUGAGCACGAUGGAAAUGGCGGAGGGGCAAAAAUUCGAAGACUACGCCACGAAUUGGCGUUUAGAGGCGGCAAAGCACUUUCCCUCAAUUUGCGAGGCACAACAGAUUCAGAUGUUUCACGAGACCCUCAAAGGGGCCUAUUACUCGUAUCUUAUGGGCCACAAGUCCACUUUCUCGGAAAUGAUCGUGGCCAGGAAACAAGUGGACCUCGGCAUCAAGUUGGGAAGAAUCGAAGGCCCGACAAAGGGAAUGGGGGAGGAGUCCUCGAGAAAGACCCUUGCGGCGGUGACCUCCUCCGGCGGAAGAAAAGGGAAAGAGCCUUGCUACCAGUCAUCCACCAUUACAUCCCUGCUCCCCCUCAGACCCCGUAAUACAGAGCCCCAGCUUCAGCCGGCACAACAGGUCCCACCCCAGCAGAAUCAACAGGGCGGCGUGACACAAUCCCAACCGCGUAGGCAAUAUGCACCCUUGCUGGCCCCGCUCUCCCAUAUAUACCGGCAGCUCCUCGCGGGUAACAAGAUCCUGCCAAUAGCUCCCGGCCCUAACUUCGAUCCAACCAACCAGGAUCAGAGCAAACUCUGCGAAUAUCAUCAGGGCGCGCCAUGGCAUACGCUCGAUAACUGUUGGAGGCUAUGGGAAGAGAUUCAGAAGAUGAUUGGUGCCAAUAAGCUACCGUUCAACGCUAUCAGACCCCCGAAUAUGCAGGCCAAUCCCCUCCCUGAUCAUGGGUCGAGCUCAGGACCCUCCAUUAGUAUGAUUAGCGUUUGCACCUUAGGGGAGGAUGAGAGCAAAGAAGACGACCCCUCCCCCUUUGUGAUUGAGUACGUCCCAGCGGAAGCCGCGGUUAGGUUCACGAAGCUUAGUGCCUCACCUACCCCGUUCGUUUUAGACGUCCCUACUCGGGAGCCGUACUCGGACAGCAAGAUCCCAUGGGCCUAUGGAGGGGAUGUUGGGAGUCUUGAGCACCAGUUCAGUGUCAUGGGCGUGACGUGUUCAGGUCGGGUAUACAAAAACCUAGAGGCCGUGAACAAGGGUAAGGUGCCCGCCGCCGCAGUUGGGACAGUACCCGAGGUUACGCCAAUCCCACCGAAGAAGGUAACCGAGGAGGACGCUAAAGCAUUCAUGAAAAUUAUCAAAGUGAGCGAAUACAAAGUGGUCGAGCAAAUGACCAAGUCUCCGGCCCACGUCUCACUACUCGCUCUCCUCCUUAUCUCGGAGCCACACCGAGAAGCCCUCUUAUGGGUCCUGACAGUGGCACAGGUCCCCAAGGAGAUGGCCCCGGACAUGAUCGAAGAGACCGUUAGCUCGAUCUUCUCCAACACCAUCUUGUUCUCGAACGACGAGCUUCCCUCCGAAGGGUGGGCGCAUUCCCGAGCAUUGCACAUCGUUUGCAAGUGCAACAAUUACGUCAUCGGCAGGGUCAUGAUCGACAAUGGCUCCGCCCUCAACGUUUGCUCGGUGACCACGCUAAAGCAGAUGAACAUAGACCUCAACCGCAUCCGCCUGAGUAAAACUGCGGUUCGGGCCUUCGAUGGUACACGGAGGGAAGUGAACGAAGAGAUUGACCUCCUAAUAGAUGUCUGCCCGUGCUCAUUCAGCAUCACUUUCCAAGUGCUCAACAUUCUGAACGCCUUCAGCCUACUACUCGGGAGGCCUUGGAUCCAGUCGGCCGGCGCCGUCCCUUCCUCCCUGCAUCAAAGGUUGAAAUUCAUUGUAGAGGAGAAGCUCAUCACGGUUAAAGGGGAGGAAGACUACGCCAUCUAUAAGGAGAUGAAUAUCCCCUACAUCAUCGUCGGGGACGACGAGAAAUUUCCCUUCCACUCAUUUGAGACCAUCUCCGUCAUCCGGGACUAA